AUGCGUAAACUGACGUUGAGCAAUACCACAAGCUCCAUCAAGAUCGGGAAGGAAAUCUCCGUGCCCUUCGUAACCAAAUGCUUUUUGCAACAGGUCAUUGCAGGUCCACAUUUCCGCGGCUGGUUGGAACCGUCACAAGAUGUUGCGACGUGGCUGCGCAAAAUACGCACUGUCGACAAUGAUGGAGAGGCUAAUCUGAAGAACUUCCUGGUGACAGGAUAUCUUUGGUAUGAAACAAAUCGUGAUAUAAAUGCCGGCGAGGAAAUCACCAUCGAUGGACGGCCGCGCACACCCAUACACCUAAACGAUGGCUUCGCCAAUGGCGCCGAUGCGGGCACGUUAAACRCGACGAGCGGGUCCCUGCAAGGCGAUGAUAAGAGCGAACGUGAUAAUGGAUCUCUCUACAGUGGCGGCAACACCACAGGCGACGACGAGUACAACCGUGAGCGUUCGUUUAGCGAGAAAGCGGAUUGCCUUGAUUUGACCGACGACGAAAACGGUUUCGACAUACGUUGUGAAGUUUGUGAUAAAACAUUUCCGGAACUAGACGAGUUGGACCAUCAUUUGGUUGCUAAGCACUCGUUUCGUAAAGACGAGUUUCCCUGUGAGUUGUGCAACAAGCCAUUUUGUCAUCGUCCUUUAUUACUGAAGCAUCGCGCCUUAGAGCACAACGAAGUUCGAAAGUAUCCCUGUGAGAAUUGCCCAAAGGUAUUUCGUGAUCCAUCGAAUUUACAGCGGCAUAUUCGUGCCAACCACAUCGGUGCCAGAAGUCACGCGUGUCCGGAGUGCGGAAAAACAUUUGGUACAUCGUCCGGCCUCAAGCAGCAUACGCACAUCCACUCGUCGGUGAAGCCGUUUCAGUGUGAGGUGUGUUACAAGGCGUAUACGCAAUUCUCGAAUUUAUGCCGUCAUAAGCGCAUGCACGCCGAUUGUCGCAUGCAAAUCAGAUGUCCUAAGUGCGGCCAAAGCUUCAGCACGGGUACCUCGUUAACCAAGCACAAGCGUUUUUGUGACCCCACCAACGUGCCGCUGCCACCACAGCCCGUCUCUGCCGGUUCCGGUGUGAAUUUGCCACCACAUUUGCCGACGCACCAACAGCAAGUCAUGCAGUCUCGCGUCUUACAAUCGAUGAGUGCGGCCGUCGCUGCCGCCACGGGUAAUACCAAUGGCACAGGCGCUGGUCUGCCAGGUAGUGGCAUGUCGCCAGCCGACCAUCCGUUCGUGCUGUUUCCGCCGUUCUUUCCGAAUUUUCCAACCGCCACCGCCCCCUACGGAUUGCCGGGCAUAUUUCCGUCAAGCUCAGCGCAGGCAACCAACUUCCCGUUCAUGUUUCCGAAAACCAAUUUGGAAAUGUGUAUGCUCGGUAUGCCGACGCCAAGUGGUCACAAUACAUUCAGCAGUUUGCCGUCUAUGAAAGGUAGACGGCUUCACAAUUUGAACGCUGGCGAGAGUAUGCGCUCGGGUGACGUAUCACCGCCGUCGAGUGAGCACAGCCUAAAGCAAUCGAAUAGUAAUGCUAACGCCACACUAAGUCUAGCCACGGAUACUGAUGAAAAUGGCAAAAUACCAACACCACUUGCGCUGACGUUGGCUUGUAAUUCACCAAAUUUCAAUGCCAAUCAAAACAGUUUCUCCACACACAAUCCAAGUGAUGAGGAUACCAGUUCGUCUGUGGAACUAAAAAUCACACAAAAUGAUGACGUCGAAGUGCAGGAGCAAGCAGAAGUUGAGGAGCCAGCAGAUAUGUCAAAGUUUGAGAYCAGCACCAACAAACUUAUUGAAGAUGAUAAGAAAUCGAUUGAUAUAAUGAGCACUCCACCGCCCGCAGACCCGUCAGAUGAAGAAAACAGCAAAGCCACAAAUAGCGCCGCUGCUGCAGAACUGCCACUCGAUUUGAGUAUUGGUCGCAAGCGCGCACGCACMACCAGCUCCAGUUCAACUGCCGACACACAAUCGGUACAUAGCGAACGCUCCAGCAACCAGGCCACGCAAGCCGAGCACAAGUCUGAUUGCGAGCAACAACCSGAGUCCAACCUAAUACGCUCACAUCACCAGAAAUUACUCAGGCGUUCAAGCCACAAAAUAUCAAACCGUCGUUGYGAGAAGCUCAAUCGUACACCCUCGAUUACCGCCUCGCCUGGGCCGACACCAUCACCUUCGCCACCCAGCAAAGAGCAAGUGAAUUUACUGUCAAACGAUGUGAAUUCCUCAGCGUCGGCCGACUUUGAUUGCUUGCAACCGUUAGAACGAAAUCCGCUUUUCUUGGAAGAGAUCUAUCAUCGUUCGCGCACGCUAAACGAUAUCUUUCCACGCCCGUUUCCUUUUUUAGGGUCAAUGGGCGGACGGCCAGCCUUUGAUAGAGCAUUACAAUGCUCUGACAUGCCGUUUCCGCCCGAACCGGUUUUUCGCAAAAAUCUACUACCUGCCGGUCUCAUCGGCAGCAUGUUGGCCACGGCCUCCGGCAAAAUCAAGGAUCGCUACACUUGCAAGUACUGUGGCAAGGUAUUUCCGCGUUCAGCCAAUUUGACACGUCACGUGCGCACACACACCGGCGAACAGCCCUACACGUGUAAGUACUGCGAUCGUGCUUUCAGCAUUUCGUCUAACCUGCAACGUCAUGUACGCAACAUACACAAUAAGGAGCGUCCGUUCCGCUGUCAUCUGUGCGAUCGCUGUUUUGGUCAGCAAACGAAUCUCGACCGACAUCUGAAGAAACACGAAGCCGACACGAACGGUUUGGGUAUUGGUUUCGGYGACUCGCCAUCCUCCAAUGAGGCCGAUCGUGAGGACAACUAUCUCGAUGAGAUACGCUCUUUCAUGGGUCAAGGCACAUACAGCGAAGAACAGUACACACCGACGAGUAUUGGUGGCGCCGAAAACGACACCGACUAUGCGGGCAGCGAUGCAGACGUGGAGUUGUCCGUCUCGCGUUCAUCGUCAGUCGAUGCUGUGUUGCCUGUUGGUAGYGGUGAGGAUGCCGUGCACGUAAAGCAAGAGCCRUCGGCAGAUGCGACGAAAAGCAGCGACGCGGUCGAUGUAAGCUCGUAAGCGAACGCGAAAGGUUGCGAAAAGAUGCGAAGUGUAGUUUAAAAGUUAUUAAGUGUUUUGUGUAAAAAUUACACAAUUAACGUUCGUUGUCGUUGUGUGGGUGGGAGGCACAUAUUUCGUAGCGCAGUUGCGCGCUGAGUUCUGUAACGUUUACGUCUAUUACGUUAAUAGUGAUAAAACUGUGCGCAUUUGCUCGUGACAUACUAUCAAACAGCURUGUUGAAAAUAUUAGCAUAACGAAUUUUAAGUGUAGAAAUCAUAAUUGUUGGAYAUAAACAUACAGUUUCACAUACAUACAUACAUGUGUGCGUGUGUGUGGGCGUAUGUAGUAAUUAGCUGAGCGCAUUAUAUGCAAAGYAUCUAAACUACAGUUGUUUUUGUAAUAAGUUUUGUUAAAUUUACUAUAAUGUACUAUUAAAUCUAAAUGAAUUCUUGAUUAGCUAGCAAAAGUCAGGAAAGUUGAAAAUCAAUUUUUGCUAACAAAAAGUGUAAAUUGGGCCUCGCAAGUCCAGUGAUUUGCACUCAGCAGUACUUGAAAGCGUCAAUAGAGUAUUUGUUUAGUUGUAAGUGCCACAAGAAAAUAUUAAAAUUUAAAAUUKAAAUAAAUAAACAAAAWUKCGGAAACAAAUGCAUAAAUCUUAAGUAAUUAGCAGACUAAGUAACAAAAGUCACUUGUAAAUAAAUAUGAUAAUAAUGAUGAAGGAGGUUAGUUAUAUGUUUUGAGACAACACGCGCACAUAAUACAAUUAUAUAAGCAGUAUAUGAGCAAAAAUACGUAUGUAAAUGUUUAAGUAAAUAAAUAAAAUUUGAUUUUUGUAAUUUGU